AUGUUGAGAUAUACAGCAACACCAUUUUUAAGAUUAUCAUCUUCGUCAUGCGCAGCAUCUCUUGCAUCCAGAAGAACACUUCCCUCAUUAGUGAGUCGUAGUAAUAUUAUAAUACCCAAUACCAAAAAUAAGAGGCUUUACUCUGCUGUUGCUGCCACAUCACCUGCAGUGAAAGUAGCUAAGGAUAUCUCAUUAGAAACACAUACUGAUACCCAACGAGCCGCAAAGGAAACUCAAGAGGCAAGAUCAGCUGCUGCAACAACACCUUUAUCAAAGAGUUCCAUCAUUGAUGAAAUAGACACUUCAGGUACAACAGCUUUAAAUGCUGCAUAUCAAGAAAAUACUGGAUUCGGUACAAGACCAAUCUAUAUGGAUAUGCAGGCCACUACACCAACAGAUCCUCGUGUCCUUGAUACCAUGUUGAAAUUCUUAACAGGAUUAUAUGGGAAUCCUCAUUCAAAUACUCACUCUUAUGGAUGGGAAACUCAUAAAGAAGUGGAAGAUGCUAGGGAUCAUGUGGCUAAAUUGAUUGGUGCUAACGCUAAGGAAAUCAUAUUCACAUCGGGUGCCACUGAAUCAAAUAAUAUGGUCAUUAAGGGUGUUAGUAGGUUUUAUAAAAAUACAAAGAAACAUAUUAUAACAACAAGAACUGAACAUAAGUGUGUACUUGAAGCUGCAAGAGCUAUGAUUAAUGAAGGGUUUGAAGUUACUUUCUUAAAUGUUGAUGAACAAGGGUUGAUUAAUUUGAAAGAAUUGGAAGAUGCUAUUAGACCUGAUACUUGUUUAGUAUCGGUUAUGGCAGUUAAUAAUGAAAUCGGUGUCAUCCAACCUUUAAAGGAAAUUGGUAAUAUUUGUAAGAAGAAGAAAGUCUAUUUCCAUACCGAUGCUGCUCAAGCUUACGGUAAGAUUAAGCUUGAUGUCAAUGAUAUGAAUAUUGAUUUGUUAUCUAUUUCAUCACAUAAGAUUUAUGGUCCAAUGGGUAUUGGCGGUCUAUAUGUAAGAAGAAGACCAAGAGUGAGAUUGGAACCUUUGUUAUCUGGUGGUGGUCAAGAAAGAGGUUUAAGAUCAGGUACUUUGGCUCCUCCUUUAGUUGCUGGUUUCGGUAGAGCUGCUAAAUUGAUGUAUGAUGAAUUUGAAAGCGAUCAUGAACAUAUUAAAAGAUUGUCUGAUAAAUUAGUCAAGGGGCUAUUGGCCUUGGAUCAUACCAAUUUGAAUGGCUCCGCUGAUCAUCGUUAUCCUGGAUGUGUCAACGUUUCGUUUGCUUAUGUGGAGGGUGAAUCAUUAUUGAUGGCUUUGAGAGAUAUAGCAUUAUCAUCAGGUUCUGCAUGUACAUCUGCUUCUUUGGAACCAUCAUAUGUUUUACAUGCUCUAGGUAGAGACGAUGUUUUAGCUCAUUCUUCUAUUAGAUUUGGUAUUGGUAGGUUUACCACUGAAAAAGAAGUUGAUUACGUCAUUAAGGCUAUCUCUGAAAGAGUCCAAUUCUUAAGAAAUCUCUCUCCACUAUGGGAAAUGGUUCAGGAAGGUAUUGAUUUAGAUUCCAUUGAAUGGUCCGGUCAUUGA